AUGCAACCACAACGCCGCAAGAUCGUUAGUCGCGCGUGCGAUGCUUGCCGUCGGCGUCGCGUAAGGUGUGAUGCCGCAUUACCGACGUGCUCGAGCUGCAUCGCAACUGGCGACGCUUGCUCGUUUGGCCUGCCUAGCAAGAAACGGGGUCCCCGCCGCCGACCGAGGACGGUACUAUCUCCCGUAGAGUCGAUCACUCUCUUCGCGUCGCACGCGCAGCAGACAUCGCUCGCAGGAGUCUCCCCGGGUUCAGAUGCCUCCGUUGCACGGUCGGCGUCAGGGACUAUCCCAGCGCACGGCACUAUUUGCACGAAUAUUUGCGAUGAUCUUUGGAGGGAGCUCACCAUCAUCUGGGGUAGUAACCACAUAGUCGAGCACUUCAAUACCUGUGUCGACCUGUAUAUGCGCCAUUUGUUCCCGAUUACGCCUCUGGUGAGCGAGGGUCUGCUUAGACUCGUGGCGUCUAAGCUGGAUUUAGCCUCUCUGAGCUCCGGCUCGCACGAAGGCACGGCCUUUCUAGUGUCUCCCGAGAACCCCAAUCCCGGAAGCUCGAUCCUGUUCUCAAACCUUGCCCGGACCAGCGAGGUUGUGGAGAUGUCAUGCGGCAUUUUAUCUGCUGAAAGAGCUCUGGCCUUACUGACCGCCGCGGGUGCCAAAGUGGCAAGUCACGUCCCGCGCCAUCUCCUUCCUGCAGGCCUCAGAGAUGCGGCAGAAUGCCUCCUAGCCGCAUCUAGAAGGAUGCUCCAUUCUAUUCAGGACCCAGACAUAGACAGACCUUGCGCAACAUCUGUCAUCAUUCGAUACUUCCAUUCGUGCUGCGUUCACGCUGCGGGGCACCUUCGCCUCGCUUGGUAUAUCCUUGGCGAGGCGAUCCGCAUGGCUCAGGACCUCCGUGUCUACGAUGAGACAUCAAUGGCCGGACUCAGUCCGAUGGAAAGCCAUUUAAGACGUAGCGUCUUUUGGCAACUUAACACCGGAGACAAGUCUGCUGCGAUACUGAACGGCCGGCCAUUUGCAUUCAGCUCUUCCAACCUCGAACAACCCUUCAACGUCCUGCCGUUACCACUGGAUCACAACAGCCUGUUGGAUAGCCGAGGAUAUCACGACCCGGCAAGGAUCGCAUGUCAUAUUAACACCGGCUUUAAUCUCAUUGCGCGCAUCUUCGAUUGCGCUUGUGUGGUGUUAAGCAAGCUGAGAUCGCUCGGCGAUUAUAACGAGAACCCGAUAGAGCCCGUCGGUGUGUCGCAGGUCCAGCGCGCAUCUAUUACAGGAAGUCUUGGUGUAUUCCACAGCCUCACGGAUGAAAUGCCUGAAUGGAUUGUGAGGCCUUGGCAGUCCACUUCUCCCAAUAUGGGAACAGAAGAUAUUGAUUACAUCCAGCAUUACCACUGGAUACAGCAUGCCAACGUCAUGCUCACCUAUCAUUGCCUACAUCUGAUCAUUGUGGUGGAAGCAGCUAAGCUUGGGCACGCAGACAUGCUCGGAUAUAGCCAAGAGCCACAGCUUCUCGCUUUGCACAAGCUUGAGCUCGCGCGGCACGCAAUCUCGAUCCUUCGUACUGCGCCCUUCGAGGCCUUGCAGAUCAAUGCCGAACCAUGUGUAUGA